UCACGCAUAAAUGCUUUGCUUAAUUUGCUUCUUUGUUGUAAAAAACUUGCACACGAUUUUCCCUUUACGUACUGUAGUUUAAAGACCGCUAUAGUUUGAUACUUAAUAUACACGUCUAACAAAAAGACUGCGUGCGGAAGUAAAUAAGGCGGGGCUUUGAGUCAACCGUCAUUCUGUAUGAGUUAUUGUUCUCUACCGUGGAAAUGAAGGACCGCCUGGCGGAUUUGACACCCUGCCGCGGUGGCCACACAGCUCCAGUGGAGACCAAUGCUUUUCUAGAGGAAUUCCUCCGUAAGGUAGACGAGGUUCAGAAACUUAUGAAUAGGAUUUCCCACUCUGUGGAAGAAGUGAGGUCAAGGCAUCACACCAUUUUGACAGAAAUCAACCCACCAAUGUAUGUGAGAGAGGAACUCGAGCAGUUGAACAAUGAUAUCAAGAGGACAGCCGAUGACAUGCAGGCAAAACUGAAAGAUUUGGACGGGAGUUUUUCAGAGUGUGAGAAUGCAAAUAGCGGCUCUGUCUACUUCCGCAUCCAGACUACCCAGCACACAGCUCUUUCACUGAGGUUUUCAGAAAUAAUGAAUGCGUACAACCAAGAACUUUUAUCUUUCCGAAAAAACAGCAAAGAAAGGAUCCAAAGACAGCUGGAGAUCAGAGGGAGAGUCAUCACUGAAGAAGAGACGGAGGUUUUGCUGCAGAAUAACAACACUUCUGUCUUUACUUUAGAUAGUGUCCCAGGCGGUAACAUCACAGGACAAACGCUGAAUGAGAUCGAGUUACGACAUAAGGACAUUCUCUGUCUGGAAGCCAGCAUUCGAGAGCUGAAUAACAUGUUUAUUGAUAUUGCCAUGCUAGUGAGCAGACAGGGUGAAAUGGCAAACAACAUUGAGAAGACUGUAAUGAAAGCUGGAAACUAUGUAGAACACGGGAAAGAAACUAUUAAAGAAGCUGUGGUUUACAAAAACUCUUGGCGGAUAAGACUGCCCCCUUUACGCAGGUCAUUCAAAAGCAAAGCUAAAGCAGUGACCACUGAUGGCUCCUGAGCACUUUAUCCAGUGUCAUUAAAGGUUUCAGACUAUGGAACAUGUGCUGCUUUUGAUGGUGGUAUUUGUUCUGUGCAAAUGACAAAUUAUUUUUGAAAAGCAGCACUCUGAAAAGCAGCACUACUUUGCCUUUCAUAUAGCUUUAUUCCCACCAGGAUAAUAAUCUCUUUAUCGAACUUUAACCUUUGUCUGCUUGCAAACAUUCUUGGUGGCUUCCCCUCAAUGAAGUUAAUGAUUACUCAUGCUCUCAAGUGCUGUAGAUUCUUCAAAAAUAGACAGAACUAGCAGAUUUCUGUGUAAAAGCCCAAAAUGUUGUUUCUUGUGUUUGCUUAUGCUGGUGUCCACUGGUUUCAUGGUGCUCUUAUACUCCGUAUGACUUAAUUCCUAAUAAUUAUUAUUUAUUUAUACUUUCUCAAGGCCUUGACCACAUGUACAAGAUGUUUUUAUUGUUUGUUAAUGGUUUAAUAAAAUGACAUUUGUG